AUGAUGAAGGCAACGAGAAGAACACAGUCUUUUAGAAUCAGCGGGACUGUGCCUUUUUCCCCAAAUUCAGUGGUCAAUUCCAUAGGUGGUAGAAAUUUGGAGAAGUAUCAGCUUGGUGGGGUCAUAUUCGGUUGCAAGAACAACACAUUAAAAGAGUGCCAAUCAAAACUUCUAUUUGGUUUACCCGUUAACCACUUUUCCUAUGUGAAGAACAUUGAUCCUGGUCUGCCUAUUUUCUUAUUCAACUACAGUGACAGGAAACUCCAUGGAAUAUUUGAGGCAUCUAGCAAGGGAAAACUGUACAUAGAUCCUUAUGCAUGGAUUGAUGAAAAUUCAGAAUUGGAUAGAACACAAUAUCCUGCACAGGUGAAGGUUCGGAUCCGGCUUUUGUGUCAGCCACUUUCUGAAGAUAAAUUUGCAAGAGUAAUUGUUGACAAUUAUUACACCCAUAACCAUUUCUGGUUUGAAUUAGACCAUAGACAAGUCAACAAACUUACCUCGUUACUAGCUUCAUUAGCAGUUGCCUCUGGCUGUAAUUUGAAAUGGAAAACUAUAUCUCCAUCUCCUCCAUCAACUCUGAAAGAAGAUGAUGAAGCAUUUGAAACACCUAAGUCAAAGAGACAACUUAAGAAAACAUGUUCCACUGAAAUUACUGCAAUUAAUUCUUUAGAUGUAGACAUCAUGCCAUCAGUAGCAGAAGUGACGAAUGAAAAUGAGAGGAACAUUGUGUGUGAAAAACUGAAGAAAUUGACUCUUGACCAUGAAAGUCAUUACCUCUCCAUAGAUCAGGUAGAUGACAGUCCCAAUGAGAACAUGUGUACUGCGGAAAGAGGGGAUAAUAUAAAUGACACUGCUAACAAUGAGAAUGAGAUAAAACUUGUGUAUAUGAAAUUAAAGGAAUUGACUCUUGGCCAUGGAAAUCAAGAUCUCCCUAUGUCGGACCAUGUAGAUGACAGUCCAUAUGAAAAUGAUGCAUGCACAGGGCAAAAUGAUAUAAAUGAUAACGAGAAUGACAUGGUUAACUACAAGAAAGAAACUUGUAAUCCGCCAUAUGAGCACAAAUACUCUAUUUACAAGGUGAAGGAGACUGAUAUAUUCUUUAAUUUUAAUUUUAGUUAA